AUGUCAUUAAGAGAUUGCUGAGAAGGGUAAUGAAAACAAGAGGUCAAAGAUUGGAACCCUGAGGAACACCAGAAGGGACGGGGUCAGUGGGGACUUAAAGGAUAAGUUAACCCUUUACCACCUGAGCUGUCAUCGGUGACGUCUUAACAACACACCUUUUGACAUGUGAAAUAUUAAAUUAAAAUAUUGCUGAGAUGGGUAAUGAUAAGAAGGGGGUGAAGAAAGGAACCCUGAGGAACACCAGAAGUAACCGGAGAGGGGGACUUAAAGAAUAACUCCUGAGAUGUCGCCAGCGAUGCCUAAAUAACACAUUUCAUAGUGUGCUUCAUGUUAAAUUAAAAUAUUGCUGAUAUGCAUAAUAAAAAGAAGAGAUCAGAGAACAGAGCCCUGAGGAACACCAGAAGUGACGAGGGGGGACAUAAAGGAUAAUUUAACCCUAUAACACCUGAACUGUCAUCACAGACACCUAAAUAACACACUUUUUGACAUGUGAAAAAUUAAAUUAUUGCUGAGAUGCGUAAUGAAAAGCAGGGGUCAGAAAACUGAUCCCUGAGGAACACCAGAAGUGACGAGGGGGAGACAUAGGAUAAGUUAACCCUUUAACACCUGAGCUGUUCCCGGCAACACCUAAAUAACACAAUUUUUGACAUGUAAAAUUUUAAAUUACAAUAUUGCUGAGAUGGAGGAAAAGAAAAGAAGGGGUCAGAGAACGGAACCCUGGGGCACACCAGAAGUGAUGGGGGCAACUUAAAGAAUAAGUUAACCCUUUAACACCUGUGCAGUCGGUGGAGACGCAUAAACACACUUUUUGACAAACAAUAACAUUUCAAAUAUUUACAAACCACUGAAGGAUGAGAACCAGCUAUCAAAGGUGAGCGAGUUUUAGAGAAGUGACUCCACCUGAUUCUAGGAGCAACAUCAGGAGGAGGAAGAAGGGUGGAAUUCUGGGAAAAGAGACAACCCUCAGGAAUUUUCAUUAAAAAAACAGUUAGGGUUUGAAGAAGUGACAACCCUGGUGCCCUCUGGCCUGCUUUACUCUUGUGUUUUUGUGCGAGCGACUCGACCAGUCCUGCCACAUUUAGCACAUAAAUAAAGCAACACGUUUGUGGGCGUGGCCCGGAAAAUUCCCAUCGCUGUACAACACGCUGAAGCACAUUUAUGCAGCAGAGAGCCACAGACGUCAGCAGUCCACGCAGAACCCAGCAGCAGCAGCAGGAGAACCACACCGGGUUCCAGGAUGUCCAUCUACGGCAGUUUCCUGUCCGACGACCAGUUCCUCUGCUCCAUCUGCCUAGACGUGUUCACUAACCCUUCAUCCAUACCAUGCGGCCACACCUUCUGCAUGACCUGCAUCACCAAAUACUGGGAUCGAUGUCAGUUUUUCCAGUGCCCCCUCUGCAAGAAGACCUUCCACAAGCGGCCGGACCUCCACGUCAACCGAACGCUGCGGGAGAUCACGGAGCAGUUCAAGUCCAUGACGGGGGGGGUGGCGGUGGUGAACGGGAAGGAGGACCACCCGCUGAAGAAGGGACACAGAGGCGGCUCGGGACACCUCAUGGAGGAACUGAAGAAGAAGAUGCACAAGAAACACCACGACAAGCUCAAGAUUAAGACUGAGCACAACUCACUGCCCAACACUCAGGUCUCAUCAGUACCAGACCAUCCAUCGAGCCUGAACUCCACCUCUACUGUCCCGACACCUCCACGCCGGAUUACCCGCUCCGACAGCCGCAGACGGUUCACGCUGAGCGGAGGAGCUUGCAGCCAAAACAUCCCAGUGUGUGCCAUCCACCAGAGAGGAAUACUGAUGUACUGCAGGACCGACCAGGUGUGCAUCUGCCCCGAGUGUGAGAUCGAGGACCACAACGACCACGACACUGUGACUGUGGAGGCCGAAUGGAUGGAAACCAAGGCGAAGUUGCAAGUGUCAGAGCAAGAGAUCCAGGAGAUGAUCAGACAGAGGACCAGGAAAAUUGAAGAGAUCAAGAUGUCGGUGACGGAAGUGGAGAUGGCGGUGGAGAAGGAGACGGCCGGCAGUGUGUGCAUGUUCUCCAUGCUAAGCUCUGCCAUCGAGCGCUCCCAGGCAGAGCUGUUAGAGGUGAUGGAAAUCAACCGCAGGGCCGCAGAGCAACAGGCCGACGCCAUGGUCAAGCAACUGGAAAAAGAGAUAGAAGAACUCAAGACCAGAGACCGAGCCCUCGGCGAGCUGGCUCAGUCGGACGACCACGUGCACUGUGUAAAGACAUUUCAGACCCUCUCCAGUCCUCCCCCUAGCAAAGACUGGUCUGGAGUGUCCCUGAACGUCGACCUGGGAACCUCGACCGUGUACCGAUCUCUGGCAGCCAUGGUGGCGAGAUUCCAAGAGGAGCUACAGAAAGUCACCGAAUCUGGUUUUCCUGGUCCCCUGGUUGAACCAGUUCCAGUGCGAGCCCAGCCCAGAGCGAAGAGGAUCCAGGAGUAUGCACUGGACGUAACCCUGGACUCCCACACGGCCCACCCCAGACUGGUGCUGUCAGAGGACCUGAAGAUUGUGUGGUGUGGUGAUCGACACCAGCAUGUGGCAGAAAACCCAGAGAGGUUUGACCGGGUCGUCUGCGUCCUGGGACAACAGGCCAUUGCGUCCGGGAAACAUUACUGGGAGGUGGAGGUGGGCGGGAAGACUGACUGGGAUCUGGGCGUGGCACGGGAAUCCAUCAGCAGGAAGGGGAAGAUAGACUACACCCCCAAAAAUGGCUUCUGGUUCCUCAGUUUGAGAGACAAGAGUAAAUAUGCUUUUCGGACUGAACCUUCAACAAACGUCGAUUUAAACCUUCGACCUCAUAAGAUUGGAAUAUUUGUGGACUAUGAAAAGGGCCAGGUGUCUUUUUACAACGUUGAUGCCAAAGUCCACAUCUACACUUUCAAUGACAUUUUUACCGAGAACAUUUACCCAUUCUUCAGUCCGUGCACCAACAAGGGAGGAAAGAAUGACAUGCCGCUAAUAAUUACACCGAUCAUGCUGACAGAAUGAAAGGGAAUUUUUUAAUGU